AUGUCCAAGAACAAAUUCAGAGGGCAGAAGUCAAGGAAUGUAUUUCACAAGGCCAGUCUAAAAAACUUUAAGGCUAAAAACAAAGCAAAACCAGUUACCACUAAUCUUAAGAAGAUAAAUAUUAUGAAUGAUGAAAAAGUUAACAGAGUGAAUAAAGCUUUUGUAAAUAGACAAAAGGAACUUGCACACUUCUCAAAAGGCCUUUCUCUUGAACCUAUGCAGAAAGAAUUGAUUCUUCAGUGGCAUCAUGAAAGUGAACCAGUUAAUUUUGCUGAAGCUACAAGAUUAAUGGCUCAGUUGUAA